AAGUCCAAACCCUAAACCCCACGAAGAGGCCAAAACCCCCCAAACCCAAAACCGAGAAAGCGAUUUCCGGCCCCCAUUUUCCUAUUUCUCAUUCCUCUCUUCAAUCACCUUCCAUCAAUCAUCCAUUGCGGAGCCAAAUCAAUAGAUGAAUACCGGAAUAGCAUCCGCAACCUAGAUUCCGAGCAAUCGCGCCUGCGCAGACCGGAGGAGGAGAAGAACCCGAAGCCGGGGAGGAGGAACCGGAGGGUCGCGGGGCAAGAUGAGCACGGUGGACAAGAUGCUCAUCAAGGGCAUCCGGAGCUUCGACCCGGACAAUAAGAACGUCAUCACCUUCUUCAAGCCGCUGACCCUUAUCGUCGGCCCCAACGGCGCCGGCAAGACGACUAUCAUCGAGUGCCUGAAGCUGUCCUGCACCGGCGAGCUGCCCCCCAACUCGCGCUCCGGCCACACCUUCGUGCAUGACCCUAAGGUAGCUGGUGAGACGGAAACAAAAGGGCAGAUUAAGCUGAGGUUUAAGACUGCAGCAGGAAAGGAUGUGGUGUGCAUCCGAUCCUUCCAGCUUACCCAAAAGGCAUCAAAGAUGGAGUUUAAGGCAAUUGAAAGCGUUCUCCAGACUAUAAAUCCACACACGGGCGAGAAGGUCUGCCUCAGCUACAGAUGUGCUGACAUGGAUAGAGAGAUUCCAGCCUUAAUGGGUGUUUCAAAGGCUGUACUAGAGAAUGUUAUAUUUGUCCACCAAGAUGAGUCCAAUUGGCCAUUGCAGGACCCGUCAACGCUUAAGAAGAAGUUUGAUGACAUUUUCUCUGCUACCCGGUAUACCAAAGCUCUUGAAGUCAUAAAGAAACUUCACAAGGAUCAAGCACAAGAGAUCAAGACUUUUAGGUUGAAGCUGGAGAACCUUCAGACUGUAAAAGACCAAGCAUAUAAGCUCCGUGAAAAUAUUGCUCAAGAUCAAGAGAAGUCAGAUGCCUCAAAAUCUCAAAUGGAGCAAUGGAAGUCACAGAUCCAAGGUAUCGAGAAUGAAAUCCGGCAUAUGAAAACAAAUUUGGAUGAACUGAGAGGACUUCAGGGGCAAAUUAGCACCAAAGCAACGGAGAGAAGUACAUUAUUUACACUUCAGCAGCAGCAGUAUGCCACACUUUCUGAGGAGAAUGAAGAUACUGAUGAGGAACUAAUGGAAUGGCAAACAAAAUUUGAAGAAAGGAUUGCAAUACUAGAAACAAAAAUCAGUAAACUAGGUAGAGAGAUGGAUGAUGAAGCAGCAACGAGCUCCUCACUGCCCCAGAAAAUCUCUGAAUUAACACAUGAAAUAGGAAAGCUCCAAGCAGAAGCUGAUGCUCACAUAUCUAUUAAGCAUGAACGAGACUCGGACAUCAAAAGGAUAUUCACCAAACAUAAUUUUGGGCCAGUUCCUGCAUUUCCCUUUACAAAUGAUGUUGCUAUGAACCUUACAAACAGAAUUAAAGCGAGGCUUUCAGAUCUUGAGAAUGAUUUGCAGGAGAAGAAGAAAUCCAGUGACGACCAGUUAGAUGUUUUGUGGAAACACUAUCUUAAAGUAAAUGCUCGCUACUCUGAAAUUGAUGGCCAGAUACAGUCUAAGAUUGAAUCCAUGUCAGGUCUUUCAAGGCGCACUAAAGAUAAAGAGAAAGAACGUGAUGCUGCAGAAGUGGAGCUUUCAAAACUUAAUCUGUCUCGUCUUGAUGAAAGGGAGAGACAUUUGCAAAUUGAAGUUGAGAGGAAGACACUGGCCCUUGGAGAAAGAGACUAUGAUUUAAUUAUAAAUCAGAAGCGGACAGAUAUAUUCAGUUUGGAACAUAAAAUAAAAACACUUCAGCGGGAGAAAGAUAACAUAAAUAGAGAUGCUGAUGACAGAGUAAAACUGGGUUUGAAGAAGGAUGCACUGGAAAGCAGCAAGCAGAAGCUCAAUGAUUUGGUUAAUGAGCACAAGGACAAAAUCAAAAGUGUUCUUAGGUGGGCUCCAGCUGAGAAGGAUUGGAAGAAGGAGAUCAGUCAAGCCUUUUGGCCAGUGGACAAGGAAUACAAUGAGUUAAAAUCAAAAUCCCUGGAAGCAGAGCAAGAGUUUAAAUUGGCUCAGAGCAAGGUGUCUGAUGCUAAAGAACAAUUAACAAAGCUUCGAAAAGAUUUGGAUGCAAAGAGGAGAUUCCUGGAUUCGAAGCUUCAAUCUAUUUCACAGAUAUCUGCUGAUGUUGACAUGUUUCCCAAAGUUCUGCAAGAUGCCAAGAACAAAAGAGAUGAACAGAAAAGAUUAGAGAGUUUAGCAAAUGGAAUGCGACAGAUGUUUUUACCUUUUGAAGAAGUGGCUCGUGAUCGUCAUGUUUGUCCAUGCUGUGAACGUGCUUUUACACCUGAUGAGGAGGACGAGUUUGUAAAGAAACAAAGGAUGCAUAGCGCAAGUACUGCAGAGAGAGUUAAAGCUCUGGCAAUUGAAUCCUCAGAUGCUGAAACUUUUCUUCAGCAACUGGAUAAACUUCGUACUAUCUAUGAUGAUUAUAAGAAGCUGUUAGAAGAAACUAUACCUCUAGCAGAGAAGAACUUGAAUCAACGUUUGGCGGAUGAAAGUCAGAAGGAACAAACAUUCGAUGAUCUUUUGGGUGUUCUUGCUCAAGUUAAAAUGGACAGGGAUGCAGUGGAAGCCUUGUUAAAACCAACUGAUACUAUUGACAGGCAUGCACGUGAAAUACAACAGCUUGAGGAAGAAGUACAAGAUCUUGAAUAUAAACUUGAUUCUCUUGGCCAAGGUGUUAAAUCUUUGGACGAAAUUCAACUGGAGCUGGAUUCUGUGCAGAGGGCAAGGGACACAUUAAUUAUUGAAGUGGAUGAUCUUAGGGAUCAGCACAGAAGACUAAAUGAUGAUUUGGCAAGUGCUCAGGUGAGAUGGCACACUGUUCGGGAAGAGAAGAUAAAAGCUUCACACAUAUUGGAUAGAUUCAAAGAAGCUGAAGCGGAAUUGGUGCGUCUAGCUGAGGAAAAAGAACAACUGACCAUAGAAAAGAAGCUUUUAGAAGAGUCUCUUGAUCCAUUGUCUAAAGAGAAAGAGAGCUUGUUGCAAGAGUAUAAUGCCUUAAAGGAAAGGUUUGAUGAAGAAUAUCAUCGGCUGGCAGAAAGAAAAAGGGACUUCCAGCAAGAACUUGAUGCACUCGGAAGACUCAAUAUGAAGAUCAAAGAGUAUUUGGAUUCCAAGAAAUUGGAAAAGCUUAAUGAAUUUCAGGAAAUGCUUUCUCUUAAGCAAUCUCAGUUACAGAAUUGUGAGGCAAGAAAGCAAGCCAUAUCAGUUGAAUUAAACAAGAGUAAAGAACUACUGCAGGGUCAGGGUCAGUUGAAAAGAAAUAUUGAUGACAAUCUCAACUACAGAAAAACAAAGGCUGAAGUGGAUCGACUUACUCGUGAUAUAGAGUCACUUGAAGAGAGAAUGCUUUCAAUAGGCAGCUCGUCUACUAUAGAAGCUGAUCUGAAGCGGCAUUCUCAAGAAAGAGAGAGGCUUAAUUCAGAGUUUAACAGGUGUCAAGGAACACUUUCUGUCUAUCAGAGUAAUAUUUUAAAGCACAAGCAAGAGCUUAAACAGACGCAAUACAAAGAUAUCGAGAAACGAUACACUAGUCAACUUCUCCAACUUAAGACAACUGAAAUGGCAAACAAGGACUUGGAUAGAUAUUAUUCUGCUUUAGACAACAGUUAUGUGAAAUUUUCCAUAAACAACACGAACACAUUUUCUGCCAGAGCUCUCAUGCGUUUCCACACUAUGAAGAUGGAGGAGAUUAACAAAAUAAUCAAGGAACUGUGGCAGCAGACAUACAGAGGCCAAGAUAUCGAUUACAUAAGCAUCAAUUCUGAUUCUGAGGGUGCUGGCACUCGAUCGUACAGCUACCGGGUUGUUAUGCAAACGGGUGAUGCUGAGCUAGAAAUGCGAGGGCGAUGCAGUGCUGGACAGAAGGUGCUUGCUUCUCUUAUAAUCAGACUAGCACUGGCGGAGACAUUCUGUCUGAACUGUGGCAUAUUGGCCUUGGAUGAGCCCACUACGAAUCUGGAUGGCCCAAAUGCCGAGAGCCUUGCUGCUGCACUGUUGAGAAUAAUGGAGGCCAGGAAAGGGCAGGAGAACUUCCAGCUGAUCGUAAUCACCCAUGACGAGAGGUUUGCCCAUCUUAUCGGUCAAAGGCAGCUUGCUGAGAAGUACUAUCGAGUCUCCAAGGAUGAAAACCAGCACAGCAUAAUUGAAGCCCAAGAGAUAUUUGACUGAAGCACAUACAUAUAUUUCCAACCGAGUGCUGUUAAUUUAUGCCAAAGGUUGGUGCGAAAGCAAGGUUUAGAGGCGGAGAAUUAACAAGCUGUAGGGGGUGUGCCAAUUAACUUGCUAUUGCUAGUUUGGCUGCGUUGCCUUUCCUUUGUUGUAUAUAAAUUGAAAACUGACUAGAGGAUGGACUGUACGCACCGAUUGCUGCUGCAUACAUUUGCCACAUGCCCACAUACAAUAUAUAGCAAUUCUACCUUGGAUCGUGCUAAUUUAUGCGCAAGAAAUACCGACCCAACGAUGGCAUUUUA